CACCAGCAUCCACUGGCAGCCACAUCACACCGCAAUACUUGCUCAUUGCUUACUAUAAUCACGUCUGAUUCAAGUAUCAAGAACGUAUUGCAGUGGACCGCCCAGUACCCGCAUUCAUACGAAUCUUGACUCUAUUCUAGCAACAACGAUGGCGCCUGGACUCGUCGAAACUCACUACCAACCCUCCGCUACAUCCACAUCUCUCCCAACAGCGAAGUCUAGCAAUGCCCACAGCUACGUCCCUGGGCGUACCACUGUGAAGAAGCAUGUCGAACCGUACAAGUACGAAGACCUACGACCACACUUUCCCAAUAUCACAUGGCCAGCCUACACCGAGAUUCCCUAUGCCGACAAAGGUCAACUAGGCGAUCCCAACUUCAAAAACCUCCUCGCAACCGCCACGGACGUUUUCGACUAUAACCCAAAGAUUGGUACUGAGAUACACGGCGUUGAUCUAGCAAACCUCACAGAUGCUCAGAAGAAUGACCUUGCACGACUCAUUGCCACGCGUGGGGUUGUCUUCUUCAGGAACCAGAAGAAUUUCAGUAUUGAUGAGCAAAGGGAGCUGGGAAAGUACUUUGGUGAGCUGCACAAGCAUGCUACAACUGGUGUGCCAAAGCGUGAGGGGUUGGAGGACGUUCACGUCAUCUAUACCGGCGAGGAUAGCCCGGACCUGAGGGCCUUGUUCACGCCUUCAUUCCUCUGGCACUCUGAUGUAACAUACGAACUCCAACCUCCCUCCUACACAUCCCUCAAAGUCCUCACCGGCCCACCCCGUGGCGGCGGCGGCGACACUCUCUGGUCCUCACAAUAUGCAGCCUACGACAUGCUCUCACCCCACAUGCAAAAGUACCUCGAAUCCCUCACCGCCCUCCACUCCGCUGAACUGCAAGCCCAAGGCUCACGCGAUCUCGGCCGAACAGUCCGUCGCGAGCCAGUCACCACCGAGCACCCACUCGUCCGGACGAACCCCGUCACGGGCUGGAAGAGCAUCUUCUUCAACCCUGGGUUCGUGACUAAGAUUGUUGGUGUGCCGAAGACGGAGUCGGAUCAUAUCAUCGGUUUCUUGACGGAGAUUGUGGCGACUAGUCCGGAGGUUCAUGCUAGGUUUCAGUGGAAUGAGGGGGAUGUCGCGUUUUGGGAUAAUAGGGUUACGAACCACUCUGCGACAUAUGGUUUUGCGCCACACCGUCGACACGCAGUCCGGAUCACCGUCCGUGCUGAACGGCCAUAUCUUAAUCCAAACAGUCGAUCACAGGAAGAUGAGUUGAGUGAGAAGUAUGGGAUACGCAAGGCAAACAAGGAUGGAAGUGGCGUUGUGAACUACAACGACUGAGCGAGUAAUAAUCUGUGGAUCAGCGAGCGAACUGUGUUUCGGUUUGAUGAUAUGAGCGUUCUUUAGCGAGCAUGUGCUUGUAAUGCUGGUGUGCAUAUAAAAUGAUGCUCUUACACCACUUCUCCGUCCAUUCAUCAUUCACACAUUCCUCUUGAUCUUCCAACAAGGCGAAUUGUGUAGCCACAUGGCUGGAGAGCGAGUUGAGCACGAAGUUC